UAAACAAGAGGCAGACGGCAUAAGACAACGCUUUGUCAGCAACCGAUUUACAGGACAAGGAAGUAGUGAGCUUUCCAGUUCUUAGCUAUUGAAUGAUGAAUUUUUGUGGUGCAGAGAUUGUGUACCAGAAAGCUUAGAAGCCAGUCUCUAGAACUGUGAUCAGACAAUCUGGCUUGGAGAUUCUACAUUCGUAGAAUGAGUGAGCCACCUGCAAAAAGGAAAAAGACUAUUCUAGAUUUCUUUAAAAAGAAUAAAAGUGAACAAGAUCAACAGAAGACCAAGAAGAACACCAAUAAAAUGGCUGAUUCUAAAGCAAACCUCCCAGUGAAGCCUUUAGUCAGUGUUAAACUCCCUCAGACAACCAGUCAAGCGGGAACUAGUCUUGCGGGAACCUCAGUUGGUAGCGAUUUUAAAGGAGUUACAUCAGCUCCAGGUCCAUCUUCUCUGGCAGAUGCUAUUCACGGAACAAACAACCAGUCCCCAACACUACCAAUGGAAUGUGAUUCUCCAACAUUGUUUUCAGAUUCGGAUCAGUCUGACAUGCGGAACUCUGUAGGACCAGACAGUGAAGACCAUAUCCUUGACAUUCCUACCAGAAAACCAAGCGAACGAAAAAACGACUGUGUUUUCAGGGGAAUGCCUAUUACCAAAAUGAACAGAAGCCCUAGCUGUUUGGAAAAGCUUCAGUGUCUCGCAUCUGUUGCUGCUCAUAAAGUCUUGUUCAAGGUUCCGUUUCAGUACUCUGGAAAGCCUCCUGAUCCCUUCCCAUACAACUUCAAGGACCGUUGGGACAAUGACCAUGUUAGGAUGCCUUGUUCUAAUUACAAUGAAUACCCAGUCAAGGGCAAGGAUGGAAAACAGACAGUAAGGAGGCGAUGGGAUAUGAUCACGGAAGUCUUACUUUGUGACAUUCAUGGCCCAUAUGAACUAGAAGAAGUUAUCUUGACAUAUAAUUCGAGAUAUUCUGAAAGGUGGGACUUCAAAACCCUUCACUAUUUCUUCUCCAAAGAAAUCGAGGUGGCGGAAAGAAAUCACUUUUUCAAAACAACAUUAAAGGAAAUGGUCAGGCUAGCCCUGAACCUUCCAAAUCUUUGUACCCAGCCAAUACCUCUUUUGAAAAAAGAAAAAAGUCGAAGUGUGACCUUCAGUCAACAGCAAAUUUCCUGUCUUCUAGCUAAUGCAUUCUUUUGUACUUUCCCAAGAAGAAAUGCAAGACAGAAGACAUCAGAAUAUAGUAACUACCCUUCUAUCAACUUUAACAGCUUGUUUGAUGGUGAGCCAAACCAGGUGAAGUUAGAGAAGAUGAGAUGUAUAAUGAACUAUUUCCGACGUGUCACUUCCUCAGUUCCCACAGGUACUGUGACAUUUAUUCGACAGACUGUUGACAAGUUUCCUGAUUGGCAAAAAUUAGACACAUCUCUACGGGGUUUACAUGUGUCUGCAGAGGGCACAAUAGAGGAUGAUGGGAUAGGCAUGCUACAGGUUGACUUUGCCAAUAAGUACCUGGGAGGCGGAGUCUUUGGGCAGGGUUGUGUUCAGGAAGAAAUCCGUUUUCUAAUCUGCCCUGAAAUGAUUGUGUCCCGCCUCAUUACAGAGUGUCUUGAAAACAAUGAGUGCCUCAUUAUGAAAGGUUGUGAGCGUUUCAGUGACUAUGAUGGUUAUGCUAAAACAUUCAGGUGGAAGGACAACUAUGAAGACAAAACGCCAAGAGAUGACUGGGGACGACGGUGUACAGAUGUGGUAGCUAUAGAUGCCCUCAUCUUCCAUGGAUAUGCUCGCCAAUUCAAGUCUAGCUCAGUUACUAGGGAACUCAACAAGGCCUAUUGUGGUUUCAUGAAUCCACAUGUCAAAGAUGCAAAGAACCUACCUGCUGUUUGUACGGGAAACUGGGGAUGUGGAGCAUUUGGAGGGGACAAGCAGCUUAAAGCUCUGAUCCAGCUGAUAGCAGCCUCCCAGGCCAAGCGUGACCUUUGUUACUUUACAUUUGAUGAUACAGACCUUCGUGACAACCUGUACAGAAUUCAUGACUACCUGACCAAUGUCAACCCUAUAGGAAUAAGUAAUAUCCUGACGCUGAUUGACCAGUAUGAAAGAAAUGUGGUAAACAAAUUCUCCAGGAAAAAGGAUCUUACCUUGUAUGAGUACAUUAUCAAGGUGUUUGAUGGCAGCCUGGAAAAUACGGACUCUGAACCAGAAUCCCCGGGGGAUUUUUCCCAGAGCAGUCAGGAAGGCAUCAACCUGGAAUCGGUCCACGGAAAAGCACAGAAGUCACUGAAUGUCUAGGCGAUAUUAUCAAUAAUUUAUUUGAAGUAUAAGUGCAAGACUUUCAUUACUGUUCUCUGUGCUUUAAUUGGGCAAAACUUUCUCUCGUAAGACAUUGUCACAUAUUAUCUUAAAGGCAGACCGCUGGAGAAUUUUAAAAAGCUGUGCUGUAUAAUGAUUAAGUUUGAGUAAUAAACCAUGUCAGUCA